AUGUAUGCUACUGUAAAAUCAAAUGCAAAAGCUUCUGAUGGUGUAAAUGAAAAUGCCCCUUUUCACUUUUCUUCCGGAUAUGCUAACGGCCGUCCAAGCCUAAUAUCAAACGGAUCACCUCGUGAAAACAAGCUUUCUUCGCUGUCGCCAUAUUCCCAGUCUUCUGGAAGUGAUGAUCACUCCGAUCACUCCUCAUCGUUUUUCAAUCCUUUCCCGUCUUUUCAUAAACUGUCUCUGAACCAAGAAACGACUGACGAGUGCUCUUUGAACAAUGCUCAUCCCUUUCGAAACAAACAUCUACCGAAACCGCCUCUUUCUUCUUUAACGAAUUUACAGGAUCCCGUGUUUCCUCACUACCUCGGUAAAGCCGAACCUCCAUUUCACCCCAAAAGCUUUGUUGAUUUGAAUAGCAGAAGCAGUGCCCUUAGCCAAGACACUAGCACUCCUUCAAAGGUCAAUUUGUACGGUCAGCUAGGUUCCGAUUCUGGUGUUCGCUUUCCCCAUUCUUUACAAAACUCUGUUCCGCCUUUACAGGCGGAUUUCGGCAGAACCCUUUCUAGUGGAAUUUCUCAAACACCUUCAUGCGGGAUCUUGCCUCGCCAUACUAGAGCUCGUUCUGAUUUCUGGAAACCUGUUAACCGACGUGCUGUCCGUCAUAUGUCACAUUCUUCCGUCGGCGAUAUGACAAAUAUUUCACAAACAGCUCCCUUGUCCGGAACUUUACCGAACCAUAAAGAAAAACUAGAUGUAAAUUAUCUUUCUCCUCCUAACCUGGUAAACGAGACGAAUUCGGUUUCUGUAACAUCUCCAACCCUUGCUUCUGACAUAUCACCGACCGCAAAGUCCGACCGUACUUGCGUACCUCUUCUUCCAAAUCAGUCAUUCUUCCCCGUUUCUAAGUCGACGGUAAAACGCAAUAUGUCGGAUUCCGCAAGGCCUUACGUGACUGUAAGCCCAGAUUUCCCUCCUGCAGAUGGUUUUGACAAUAUUUCAUUCGAUGAUAAAGCAACUCCAUAUUCGACCUCAAGCGUUGACGAUCAGUUGCCUAAGGAGAAUCACGGACCUUCUUAUUUUUCACAAUCCAAGUUACUGCAUGUCUUUCAUAAUAACAAAAAGAAGCGAUUUGAACUUUCUGAUAUAUUAGGAAACGUUGUUCUUUUUAGCAGUGAUCAAUUUGGCUCAAGGUUUAUACAACAGAAGUUGGCAACUUGCACUGAUGAAGAAAAAAGCGCUGUUUUCAAGGAGAUUAUUUCAAGUAAUUGCUUACAACUUAUGAUGGACAUUUUUGGAAAUUAUGUUAUACAGAAAUUUCUAGAGUACGGAACUGAUGAACAAAAGCAGCUUUUAGUUUCCAGAAUCAAGGGCCACACUUUUAUAUUAGCCGUCCACAUGUAUGGUUGCCGUGUUGUACAAAAGGCUAUAGAGCAUAUUUCUACAGAACAGCAAAUUGGAAUUAUUAGUGAAUUGGAUGGCCAUGUUUUGGAGUGUGUUUGUGACCAAAAUGGAAACCAUGUCAUUCAAAAGUCUAUUGAAUGCAUAGACUCAGAAAGGCUUGUUUUUAUUUUUGAGGCUUUGCGACCUCAAAUACACGUGUUGUCUGCUCAUCCUUAUGGUUGUCGAGUAAUUCAACGAAUUAUUGAGAAGUUCUCAUAUAAACGUCAAAUUAUUAUUAAAGAUCUUCUUCCUUAUUCUCUACAAUUGACGCAAGGUCAGUAUGGUAACUAUGUUGUUCAGCACAUAAUGAAGGAAGGUACUAAUAAGGACAAGAAGUUUGUCUUUAAUCUAAUAGCUAAAAAUUUGCUGUAUUUGAGUUGUCAUAAGUUCGCAUCGAAUGUUGUUGAGAGAUGUAUCUCUUACAUCUCAGAAGAUGAUCGUGCCUUUAUCAUCCAGAAGGUGCUAACUGAGAAAGUUGACAAUGUUAGCAUUUUAAUGUUGAUGAUGAAAGACAAGUACGCGAACUACGUGGUUCAAAGGCUUCUGGAGGCUUCAAACGAUAAAGAGCGUGAGUUGCUAAUAUCUUAUAUAUACCCACAUAUCUCAGCUCUUAAAAAAUACACUUAUGGUAAACAUCUGAUCAUGUCUGUUGAACGAUAUCGCCUUAAAUCACGUACCGAUAAUUCAAAGGAAACAAAGCACGAGAAGAGCGACUAA